CUUCGGUGACGCGGCCCACACAGGCGACGCAUGCGCAGUGCCGCCGGCGUCACACAGCACCAUCAGUAGGAGCAGGACCAGCGAGAGCCGCCGGGGAGAAAGGUGCCGUCGUUGUUUAUUUUACGCAAUAUAAACUUUUCUCGCAAUGUCGGGUUUCGACAGUAACCCUUUCGCUGACCCAAUGGACAUAAAUCCCUUCCAGGAUGCUUCAGUCACACAAGCCACCAGCAGAGUCAAUGACAACGUCGGGGAGUACAACCCAUUCUCUUCACCAGAAAUGGGACACCACUCUGGGACGACAAUCCCUAUCUCUGCUGCACCCUCUCAACCAGCUGUACUACAGACAUCUGUGGAGCAGAACCCAAAAGCUAAAGCAGCUGCUGCCCAGGCUAACCUGAUCAAACAGCAGGAGGAGCUGGAGAGGAAAGCAGCAGAGCUGGAGCGGAAGGAACAGGAGCUAGAGAACAGGAGGCAGGCAGGCAGCGCAUCGAACCCUGGAGCUAAAGAGAACAACUGGCCACCUCUUCCAAGGUUCUUCCCUAUAAAGCCCUGCUUUUAUCAGAAUUUUGAGGAGGAAAUCCCCGAGGACUACCGCAGGAUGUGCAAGAGAAUGUACUACCUCUGGAUGUUCCACAGUGCCACUCUCUUCCUCAACGUGCUGGCCUGCCUGGCUUGCUUCACCAUUGACAAUAACUAUGGCGUUGACUUUGGUCUGGCUAUUCUUUGGUUCAUUCUGUUCACCCCCGUGGCCUUCGUCUGUUGGUACAGGCCGGUCUACAAGGCCUUUAGGUCUGACAGCUCUUUCAGCUUCUUUUUCUUCUUUUUCGUCUUCUUCUUCCAAGUGGCAGUUUACAUUAUCCAAACUGUGGGGAUUCCCCAUUGGGGCAACAGUGGAUGGAUAACAUCAAUCACCAUCAUCAACACGAACCUGGCUGUGGCUGUGGUUAUGAUGGUAGUGGCUGGAUUUUUCACUGUAAACUCUGUGCUGGCUGUGAUCCUGCUGAAAAUGGUCCACUCUAAAUACAGAAACACAGGUGCCAGCUUCACCAAGGCCCAGCAGGAGUUUUCACAAGGUGUCCUGAGCAACCGAACUGUCCAAAAUGCUGCAGCCACCGCUGCUACCUCUGCUGCACAGGGAACCUUUAGCAGGAGCUAAACAAAAUUAGUGUGAUUUCUACAAGUUUUGUGUCUCUGGCUAUUCUCUUUUCUGACCAGCAUACCGGGCUAGCCACGUCCCAACAUUAUCCAGUUGGUGUAAAGGAAUUUUUAGGGAAAAGGGCAAAAAGCAAGUAACUUAUGAGUAUAUACCAAGUGGGGUGUCUCCAUUCUCCAUGUCCACUAAAAAACUAAAUAAUAAUAAAGAUUGUGUAAUUUAGGAAGAUGUGUAGCCAAAGACAUAAAGUCAUCUUAUAGGAAUAGGAACCUACCCUCAGUUAAACUUUAUUUGUAUAGCACCUUUGAUGAAGGACAGUGCAAUUCAAAGAGCUGCGUAGAUGAUUGACGAACUAAUAAUGAGAUGGUACAUUAAUUAAAAAAAAAAAAAAAGUAAAAAGAUUAUAAAAUGCAAAAAUAAAAUGGAUGGAACUUGUAAAGACCUGCACAGAUCUCAGCAUAUGUCAUAUUCAUUUAUGCUUUAGGGAAAUGUCCAGUAGGAAAUCUGAAGCUGGGGUUUAGAUAGAGGGCGAGGUGAGGACGCCACACAAAUAAAAUUGUAACAUUUCAUCACUGCAUAGCUAUUGAAAGCAUUUAACAGAGUAGACUAAAGAGAUACAUGUGAGAUGAUCUGCAAUACAAGAAACACUGAUUUAAAUCCAGUAAUUCUUAAAGAUCCCGGUAAAAAAGUAUCAGGAUUUUUUCCUGCUAAUGUAGGAAUGACAUACUGAGGCUUGAAAUAUAAACUCUUUGUCCAAGUUUGGAUUCUCACUUGACAGAGAGGUUUUUUUUUUUCAUCUGUGAACAAUGGAUCUACAAAAUGUUUUUCACAUUACAGCAGCAUACAGAACCUUGCAGGAUAACUGUCCUGACUAUAAGUGCAUUAAUACCGAUAAUACACCUUAUGCACAGUGGCUGUCCUGUAAAAGUAUAAAUGAUAAUAAAUGCAUACUGUUACAUUACUGUGCAGUUUGAACGUUGUUCUCCAAAUUUGAUGUUUUGAUGUGUAUAUGACAAUAGGAUGAGCUGCUGAUUAAUGAAGGUGAUGGGAUAAAGAGGUCAUUUGUACUGUUUUAUCUGCUUACUGAUUUUUUUUUUUAAUGAAGUCAGGCUUAAAGCUGUUCUUGAAGUAAAUGAAGAUGUUACAUUUUAAUUCAUGUUAAGAAAACUUGGCAUAAUACAGAGACUUGCUGUGAUUAAAAUGAAAGGGGGGGGGGGGGGUACAGGUUUAUUAAUGUAAAGUUACUGAAAGUAUAGAAUUUGAAUGUAUUUACAUGAAAAGUAUAUUAAUGAGUAGAAAGAACAAUAUGUUUGACUUUGUGCCCAUGGUAGUUUUACUACAUGUUAACUUAAUAUUUCCUGUUUUUCCUAUCUGCACCUACUUGUAAUUAGGUUUGAGUGUUUCAUCCCUUUCUCUCUCUGUGUGUAUGUGUGUGUGUGUGUGUAUAAAGUAUAUAAAUACUGCAUACUCCCGAUCUGAUGUUUGUACCUCAGUGCCUUUAAACAGAAGUAACAUACAAAUCUUUGUGUGACCAUUCAAGUUCAAGACUUUUAAUGCCCUGUUUUAUCUGUAGCCUGUGGAACAACUGGUGAAGUUUUCUUGUGAUCAAAAUGUGUUAAGAUUAUGUAAAUAUUGGUGACUUAUUUAAACAUAUUUACUGCUGGGGUAAGCAUUGGAAAUUGAUUUUCAAUCUUAACAUUCAAUAAACUGUACUGUCUAUAAAAUUCUGAAUUGAA